GCGUACGCAUCGAUGGCAGAGCAUGCAGGGAUUACACUGCCUCAAGCGUUGGAGAAGCGCUACUGCAACUGUGAGAAACAGCUGGCGACCAGUGACGAAGAAACGGAUGCUGCGAAAGAGUUGGCAGCAGAGCUGAGCCAAUACGGUCCAGGGCCAGGUAAGGAACUUGAGCAAGGCUCUGCCGAACGAGUUGAUUGGUUCCAAAACUGGCUGGAUAGGACAAGCUCCGAGAGUGCAACUGGAGGGAUGGGAGAGGGAGGAGACUCUGAAGGUAAUGCACUUUCCCGAGAUCAGCUUUGGGAGAUGCUGCAGAACAACCCGCGAUUGCGAGACAUGGCCGAGAGUUCGGGGUUAGGCCUUGACCGGCUAUUGAUCAACGACCAAGAGCCAAUGAGAACUGUGAGGGUUGCGAAGCUAGAGGAACUGAAGCCAGCAGUGGAAGCACAUAGCGCUCUGAAGUGGGACGACCGCUUGGCAGACGCCUGCGGUUGCGAGGGCAUCGUUCUUAGAGACGACGAGUCAGAUGGCACAGCACAGGUCAGAUUUCCGCCUCCAUUAGGCUUCAAAGCGUGGCUUCCCACGAGCAUGCUCCAAGAACUGACGCAGCCUUGCAAGCGAGUGAAAGCCUGCGAGACACAGCAACUAUUAGAAGCCGUCGAGGCCCAUUCUGCGCUGAAGUGGGACGACCGACUGGCUAAGUUGAGCGGCCAGGAAGGUUUUGUGGUGCAACACGACAAGGAGGAUGCCACUCUGCAAGUUCGAUUUCCUUCGGUCUCCCUUACGGCCUGGCUGCCCGAAUCGACUUUGACCUACCUCGAGGACAGCCAGCCCACGACAGAGGCACCGGCAACUCCUGCAGAGUCCGAGGAUAAGGAUGAAACCGUUUGA